AACAACAAAAACUCAAUCUCAGCCGUCCGUGAUCUACAAUCUAGAAGUCAAAAUAAAUACUAAUAAUUAUGUAACACGUUAAUUCUACACUCAACUUAAUUCCCCUUUCAUUUUGGGGAUAAGUUAUCCACCCAACCAGCCUCUCAAAUUGCAAUUGUUUUGUCCCCUGUUCAGUCCAGGAUUGACUAGCUAAUUUUUUCACUGUUUGUUGUUGGAUUUUCAUUCCAGUCAAGUACCUUAUUUAUUCUCGUAGUAGCUGUGAGAAUGGAGUUUAUCGAAUUGAUAAAGGUGCCCAAAGUGGACAAUGUCACGAUGCGACGUAACGCUCUUCCCACGGUGGAAGGGGGGACGCUGUGUAUAACCAGUCAUCACCUUAUCCUCUCGUCCAGAAAGGAUGGAGAGGAAGAGUUAUGGUUGCUGCAUCGGAAUAUUGAUUUGGUUGAACGGAAGCCUUUGACAUUGGGCGGUGGCUCAUUGGUUAUUAAGUGCAAAGAUUUUUCUGUGAUUCAUUUGGAUAUUGUUGGUUCUGAAGACUUCAACAAUGCCGCGGAUUCGAUUGAAGCUCUCAGCAAUGUUGAUGCACAACACCUCAUGUAUGCUUUUUUCUACCGUCCAAUGUACUCAAUAGUUGAGGAUGGCUGGACAGCUUUUUCAACAGAGGCAGAAUUCUCCAAAUUGAUUCUGCAGUCAGAAAAUGAGUGGAGGAUCAGUCAUAUUAACCGAGAUUAUUCUGUAUGCAAAUCCUAUCCAAAGACUGUUGUUGUUCCAAAGAGUAUUCCUGAUGAAGAAAUACUCGUUGCAGCUACAUUUCGACAAGGAGGUAGAUUUCCGGUGCUUUGUUUCCGCCAUGAGAAUGGAGCCGUACUCUUAAGAGCAGGCGAACCUUUGGUUGGACCAUCGGGUCGACGAUGUAAAGAAGACGAGCGACUCAUUAAUGCCAUCUUAACCAUAGGAAAACGUGGGUAUAUCAUAGAUACGAGAAGUCAAACAUUAGCUCAAACAGCAAGGGAUAUACUAUUUUGGCAGACGAAAGGCGGGGGCGUGGAACUGGAAAUAUAUUACCCCCAAUGGAGAAGGAUACACAAACCAAUUGAUCGCCACUACACCUUAUUAGACUCUCUGUCUAAAUUACUAGAAGCAUGCAGUGAUACAAACUGCACUAUGGAUAAGUGGUUGAGUCGCUUAGAUGCAUCCGGUUGGUUAACAAAUGUUCGAGAGACCUUAAAUUGUGCUUGUGUGGUUGCCCAAUGUCUGGACCAAGAAAGCAACUCUGUUCUCAUUCACGGUGGCGAUGGCGUUGACUUAACCCUGGCGGUUACUUCGCUUACGCAGAUUAUUCUAAAUCCUGAUUGUAGAAGCAUUCGAGGUUUUGAGGCAUUAAUAGAGAGAGAGUGGUUACAAGGAGGCUAUCCGUUCCGCACAAGACACUCGAAAUCUGCCUUUGCAUAUUCUUUGUCGAAUGUUAAAAACCAAAGAAAAGCAUAUGCGCCUUCAUUUCUGCUAUUUUCUCAGAAUGGAGAUGUACACGCAGACCCCUCCUGCGGCUUCCUUCUAUUUAUCGACUGUGUCUGGCAGAUUUAUAAUCAGUUUCCUUUCAGUUUUGAAUUUUCAGAACAAUUCCUUAUGACUCUUGUGCAACAUUCCUAUGCAUCCCAGUUCGGCACAUUCUUGUGUGACAAUGUGUGUGAAAGAGAGGAACUUCAUUUAAUGACAAAAACCGUGAGCCUUUGGUCGCAUGUAAAUCGUCCUGACAUAAUGCAAUCUUACAUGAAUCCUGUAUAUGAACCAAAUCCAUGUGUCAUUUGGCCGUCGGUGCAUCCUAUUAGCUUGCAACUCUGGAAUGGAAUGUACUUGAAGGGGAUUAUUGAUCAAUCGUCAAUGAAGAAAACAUGGAAUACUAUUGCAGAACUUAAGGAGAAUGAAAAAGAACUGAAAAAGGAAGCCAUAAAACUUCGAAAGUAUUUACUUGAUUUGCAUCAAUCUCGCCAUUCCAUACAGCGCAAACUUAGUGAAGCAACAAUUGAUGAUAAUCCGACAUCGGAUGAUUGCGUUAAUUUUCAACAUACCGAAGAUUCAAGUUCUGAAAGUCCAGGCGACAUUGAUCAUCCAUUAAAAUAUCAAUAACUUUAUAAUAUCGCUUAAUUUAAUUCAAUAAAAUUUUUCGCAUUACACGAAAAA